GUAAAUGACACUACGCUGUCGCGUUGUCGUUCGCCGUUCGCUAAAGCAGCUGAGUGCUGGUGAAAGGAAUUUUUGUGUUCAAAGUAAACUAAAAGCAAACCUUCACAGUUGGCUUAUGACAACCCAUUUCUUCGCAGCAUUUAGGCGCUAAUCUAUGUGACUAAGUGAAAAAAGGUAUCAACAUAUGCAAAUCCCCAGGGGGCAACUAAUGCAUUUCUCUGCUGAAAGCUGCCGAUUUUGAACACUCACUGCAAUCGCUGAAGUGAUAACAAAAAAAAAGUGAAUUAAGCGCCGCACUCAAAGAGAACUUCAGAAAAUAUUGUGGAAAUGCAUGUAGUGGAAGGCAAAGCAUAUUAAUAGUAGACAGACAAGGCAUUAAACCAAGUGAAGCUGUCGAGUCUGCAAGCUUAUACAGCCACAAAGCCAACGGACGCCAUUGGCGAGCAACGCUGAUUGUAAAGCAAAAAAAGUUAUGAUGCCGCUGGAUAGAAGCUUAACAUAGACAUUAAAAAUACAAAGGCACAAAGCAAUAAAGUAACAACUUUGUGUUUGUGUGUGUGUGUGUGCGAAAAUAGCCGGAAGCAGAGUACUUGAAAGCAAGCUAGUAAAAUAAAACACGUAAAUCAGUAGCCAUAUCGGCAACAGUAACAACAGCAACAGCAAACAGUAAUGUUUAAAAGCAAGUGCUAAAUUAAAGUGAAUGCACAAACAACAAAACAGUAACGCAAGCAGCCGCACUCCAUUUGUUGAACCGGAGUGCCAAUGUUGCUGUGAUACUGACAAUGACAGUGAAUGAGAAAGGCGCUAGAAAUAAAGUGGCAUAAAUAAAGUAGAGUGCUCAAGAGAAUAAAGUUAAAAAAUCUAACAACUACAACCAGUGGAAGAUUUUGUACAAAAACAAAAAAAAAAAUAUUAAAAUGUGUCGAGCGUUGGUUUUCUGCUGACAGCAGAAGAAAUUAACGCAAGAGCCAUGGCAAGUCAAGGGAGUGGGAAGAAGGGCAGUAACUAGCAACACCACUGACGUCGCGAGAUUCUCAAAUGAAUCAAUUUAAAUGCUGAAAGUGUCGCUAGACAAAGUGAAAUGCAGAAGAUAUAGAGUCCGGCUGAAAGCAUAGUGGGUUACGGAAUGUCAGAUGUUUGCAAUCAACUUAAUUUGUAUAGCAAGAUAGAUUGCGCAGGCAAAGCAAAGCGUAAAUGACGCUAAUCAUAUUACAUUUGAAGGCCUAUGAAGAGUACGAGAUAUAGGGGGAGAAAGGGGAAGAGAGCGAGUAACAAAAAUUGUCGACGACAAUAGGCAAAAGGAAAAAGAAGUAGCUUAUCUCGGAGCAAAGCGGAAGCAAAUGAAUGACACUAUUACAAGCUGAUUAUAGCUAAGGCGAAGCAGAACUUUAGCCGGCAAGCAAAUACACAAGACACAAGAAGAAAAUACAAUCGCUUUGUUGAAUUUAAGAAAAUAUUGAAAUAUAGCAUACUUUCUGGCUGAAAGGAGAUUAAAAAAAGCUUCCUUUUGGCACAAAGUAAGAAAUUAUCGCACUUUCAGGGCACAUUUCAUACCAGCAGGCGCAAAAAAAUUUUACCAGCAUGUUUCGUCACCCAUUCAAAUGCUGACAUCGCCUAUUGCAUACUUUAGGGCGCAUGCUGCUAAACAAAUGCGACACACAACACAUCGUGUACCGUAUCACAGUAGCACGCGCGCCAUGUACCAUACAGUCGCUAGCCCCAUAUUACGACCAGCAGCCAUCCUCAUCCUCUUGGCCAUCUGUCGGCUAACGCUCACCUGCCCAGCUGAGGUUUGCAUGUGCAAGUGGAAGGGUGGCAAGCAAACGGUGGAGUGCGGCAGUCAGCAGCUGCCCAAUAUACCCGAAGGUAUGGAUCCCGGCACGCAGGUACUGAACUUUUCCGGCAAUAGCUUGCAAGUGUUGCAGAGUGAACGCUUUCUGCGCAUGGAUUUGCUUAAUCUGCAGAAGAUCUACUUGUCACGCAAUCAGCUGAUACGCAUACACGAAAAGGCCUUUCGUGGCCUAACAAAUCUGGUCGAGUUAGAUCUCUCGGAUAAUAUGCUACAAAAUGUACCCACCGAGACAUUUCAGGACUACAGCUCGCUCAUGCGUCUCUCGCUAAGCGGUAAUCCGAUACGCGAAUUAAAGACGUCAGCCUUUCGUCAUCUCUCGUUUUUGACAACGCUUGAGCUGAGCAAUUGCCAAAUCGAACGAAUCGAGAAUGAAGCCUUCAUUGGCAUGGACAAUCUGGAGUGGUUGCGCCUGGAUGGCAAUCGCAUCGGUUUCAUACAGGGUCCGCAUAUACUGCCCAAAUCGCUACAUGGCAUUAGCUUGCAGAGCAAUCGUUGGAUGUGCGAUUGUCGGUUGCUGGAUGUGUAUGCGUGGCUUAAGAAUUACGUGACGCCGCAGGUGGAGGAGCCCAAAUGCAUAGAGCCACCAAGACUGAAGGGUCAUACGAUCAAGUCGCUAAAUAAGGACGACCUCGCUUGCCUGCCUGAGGUGACGCCAACAUCCACGUACACAGAAAUCUCAGAGGGACGCAAUAUGUCGAUUAUGUGCGUGGUGCGCGCCAUACCCGAGCCGCAGGUGCUGUGGCUCUUCAACGGUCAAGUGAUGACCAACGAGAGUCUGAUCGAUAAUCUGCAUAUGUACUUUUAUAUUGAUGAGGGUGGUAGCGCGGAGGAGAAGCGUAGCGAGAUUUUCAUUUACAAUGUAGGUCCCGAAGAGAAUGGUACCUUCUCGUGCGUGGGAAAGAACAUUGCAGGCAUCACAUUCAGCAACUACACGCUGCGCGUCAUAACCAAGGAGCCGCCUGUGGUGAACGAGGUAUCCUUUCCGCGCGACUACAUGAACUACAUUAUGGCCAGCAGCACCGGCGCCGGAGUCAUCUUCGUUGUGUUGCUCUGCACGAUCGUGAUUAAGUGCAAGCAACGACAGCCGAACAAACGCCAAAAAUUUGCAGGUGGUGGCUCCGUUACGAAUGUGGUAGGCGGCGGCAGCGCGCAUUCAACCAACACAAAUGGCAACGAGACGGCGUUGAUGAAGUGCUCCUCGAUACUCAACGAUGGCGAGUCUAUGAAUGGCGGCGCCGGUCUACUGAUGGCUGACGCAAUGACGCCAACGAAAAUGUGCAAAGAAAAUGGCGGCGUCAUUAUUGGUGGUCAGAUGAAGCAAAAUCUGCUGUUAUAUGCGCCCGCUCACUACCAACAACAAACGCCAACAGCUGCGACGUUAGCCGGCGACAACACUGGCAAAGCGCUACAGCUGAGCGUGAGCAUGGCUGGCGCUAGCGGCACGCCGCCACCUAUUUUGGUAGGCAAUGCCAUGAGCUACUGUUCGCCACCCUCGUCAGUGCGCAACUACCAAGAAAAGAACCCCGAUUUAGUAAACGACGCAGAGAGCGGGAAUCACAAUAAAUUGAAAACAGCGUCCUCACUGGACGGGGACUAUGACGCCGCUAGCGACUGUUCGGGUCCAUGUAGCAUACAGGGCAUGUCAACGACACCAGUUCCCUUCGAUAGCUGCUACCAGCUGGCGCCGCAUUAUGGCUCACAAAUCAUACGGCCAGCGAAUAUGCAGCUGAAUUCUGCGGCCGCCUCACGCUUUGCCGCCAUGACAACAUUGCCGCGUGUCAUGCAACUGAAAACUGUAAUGAAUAGCUUAAGCGCAGCACCCGCGCCGCAGCAUCAGGUGGACGUGCACUUGAAUCCCGUUUGUUUCUUGGGACAGGACGGCUUUGCGUAUGACUACAGCAACGCGCAUAUGCAACAAGCCGCGCCACCACCGCCUUCGCAUCAUCACCUCCAACUGCAGCCACAACAUUCGCUAGGCGCCGAACCUUCACAGUCGCAGCACAUACAACAACAGAACUAUUAUCGCACCCUGCCACACAAUCGCGCGCACAAACAGCAACAAUUUGCCGCCUCGGCCGCAAAUCCUGGCAUGCGCUACAGCCUGGAGGCUGAGUUUCUGCAGCGCUCCGGCACACCAACGUACGACAAGUAUAUGCCCAAUGUGCGCUUCACAGCCGAGGGCUAUCCGCUGGCACAACAACAACAACAGCAACACUUGAUGCAGUAUCCUUCACCGCCAGAUGGCUAUAAGAGCAGUCAAAGUCCAGCGCCAAGCAUGCAUGACGGCAGCGCGGGCGGCUGCGGCGCAAGUAAUGGUGCUUCAACAAUCUCAACCGCUACAUUUCAACAGUGGCCACCUUGUUUGCCCGGCUAUCACGUGCAGGCCAUACGCUACUCGCCAACUUUUGUUGGCGUGCUAAGCCCGCAGGCACACACACAGCAGCCGCACAUAGUGCAACAGCAGCACAAAUCCACAUCAACGGUUGCUCUAACGCCCAACGGUCAAACGAAUCAAACGCAAGUGCCCAUAACAACAACAUGCGCGACGUUUACCACAACGAGCACUAACACUGGCCCCACCAUGUCCACAUCAUCAUCAUCAGCUGCUGUUAAACGUUGUGUAGCCGCACAAGCUGACGCCUCUACCAUACCCGAAUGCGAUGAGAAUGACGUUUCGCCCACCACAUCGACGGCUGCCAGUAGCAGUAAUGAUGGCAACAGCAGCAGCAACAGUAGUAGCAGUAGCAGCAGCGCAACCACAGUGACUAUGUCGGCAAGCAAUACAACAGCAACAACGACAGCCACUGCAACGGCAACCGAAGAAUCCUCAAAGCUGCGUCAUUUAAAUGGACCGCUAGCUGAUAGUCCAGACGAAGGUUACGUUGGCGAUUCGCAUGAAGGUUCAGAUAUAUGACGACGCGGCGCCAAUGGCAGUUGUAA